UAAAUGCAAUGUCAGUUACACAGUAAAAUUAUCAUGUCUUAAAAUCAUAUUAUAUUCAGUGUUCAUGAGUUUCGAUUCAACAAAAUUGUUAGCGUUAAUCAUCUAAAUCAUGGAACUUCCAACUCAAACAGAUAAUGUCAAGGAUAAUAUAGUUAAAGAAAACGAAGAUCCUUCUAUACCUCCUUAUGGGACCAACGAAUGGUUACAAUACUGGAGUGAAUUUGAAGGUCACCUACCAUCUCCCAUAGAUGUCUCCAUAACAGGCUCGUUGUCGUACAAAUGUCCCGAGCUCAAAUGGUUCAAUUUUGAUGUGUACCCCCACAAAGUUAAGCUGACGAAUACAGGAUACACAAUUGUAAUCUCCUCAAAAUGGAAGACAGAACGUCCGUACUUGGAAGGAGGACCUUUUUUGGAAAAGCAUGUCCUAUCGCAAAUCCAUUUUCACUGGGGAGCUGACAUGAUGGAAGGUAGUGACCACACUGUAGAUCAGAGGAGAUAUCCUGCAGAGAUGCAAGUUACCUUCUUCCGCUCAGAGUACAUGACACAACAGGAAGCUCUACGACAUUCUGAUGGAGUCACAAUGAUUUCGUAUAUAAUCAAAUACGGCGUCAACCCAGACGAUAGACUUAGCUGGGUUCUUGAAGGAUUUCCAAGGGUACGAGAGGCUCAGAAACACACACGCAUCGGCCCCUAUCCAAUGUCCCGUCUGCUGCCAAUGUUCUUCGAAGACUACUUUCUUUAUUGGGGAAGACUGGACACAGCACGAGGUGAAAGCUUCGUUAUCAAGUGGCUAGUGCCAAGGACAACUCUGUUUGCUUCCUAUGACCAGAUAAGAGAGUUUAGAAAGUUAUGGGAUCCCUGGGACGAACCUAAUCUAAGAAAUUUUAGGCCACUACAAGAAAAGGGGGAGAGGCACGUUUUUUUCAUCAAUCCUCACUGGUGCCAAUAUAACUCGUUACUGCCAAUACCUAGAGUGCCUGAGCCAUCUAUUUCUGUAUUAUCUCCAGCAUAUAUGAAAAAUCCUAAAAUGCUACCGCCUCAGAAUAGAAGAACGGAGUCAAGUCAAGUGGAAGGACCUACUAAAACCAGCCAAUAUAAUUUGCCCACUUUACUCACUAGAAUCUAAAUUAGUAAAAAAUAUUAAAUUAAA